AUGGACGAGAUUGCCAAGGAAUACGAUGUUGUUGUGCUAGGCACUGGACUCACUGAAUGUAUUCUAUCCGGUGUGCUGAGUGUCAAGGGAAAGAGGGUCCUCCACAUCGACCGCAACGACCACUACGGCGGAGAAGCCGCGUCCGUGAAUCUAGAAACACUAUUCAAGAAAUAUGGCACCUGCAAAGCCGGCGAGGAGCCCUGGAACAAGUACGGUCGGCUGAAUGACUGGAACAUUGACCUCGUACCCAAGUUCCUCAUGUCCUCUGGAGAGCUGACCAACAUACUCGUCUCCACCGAUGUCACCCGAUACCUCGAGUUCAAGCAAGUUGCUGGCAGCUUUGUCCAGCAAGGUGCCGCACCAAAGGCAACCGUUGCCAAGGUCCCCUCUGACGCAGGCGAAGCUCUCAAGUCUCCUCUGAUGGGCAUUUUCGAAAAGCGACGAAUGAAGUCCUUUAUAGAGUGGGUUGGCACGUUUGACGUCAAGGACCCUGCCACCCACAAAGGGCUCGACAUGAACACUUGCACGAUGAAGGAUGUGUACGACAAAUUCGGUCUUGAAACCACCACCAAGGACUUUAUUGGCCAUGCCAUGGCUCUGUACCUUACCGAUGACUACAUCACCACUCCGGGACAGGCUCCCGACGCCAUUGAACGCAUCCGCCUCUACGGCAACUCGGUCUCGCGAUACGGAAAGUCCCCCUACAUCUACCCGCUCUAUGGUCUCGGUGAACUGCCUCAAGGCUUUGCUCGCCUUUCCGCCAUUUAUGGAGGCACCUAUAUGCUCAACACCACGGUGGAUGAACUGCUGUUUGACGGCGAGAAGGCGUCGGGUAUCAAGGCAACCAUGAAAAAUGGCGCCGAGGAAAUGAAGUUUGAAACCAAGGCCAAGAUGAUUCUGGGAGAUCCCUCGUACUUUCCGAACAAGACCAAGGUUGUUGGCCACGUCUUGCGAGCCAUCUGCAUCCUGAACCACCCUUUGGCGGGCACCAACGACAGCGACUCUUCACAGUUGAUUAUUCCCCAAUCUCAGGUUGGCCGCAAGAACGACAUCUACAUUGCCUGCGUCUCAUCUGCCCACAACGUGUGCCCCAAGGGCUACUGGAUUGCCAUUGUCUCAACAAUUGCCGAGUCAUCUGCCAACCAUCACCUUGAGCUGCAGCCUGGUCUGGACCGUCUAGGCAAGAUUGAGGAACAAUUCAUGGGUCCGCCAAUUCCCAUUCACGAGCCCCUUGAAGACGGUAGGAAGGACAACCUCUUCAUUUCCAAGAGCUACGACGCUACAAGCCACUUUGAAACGACGACCGACGACGUCAAGGACAUCUAUCGCCGUUGUGCUGGCGAGGAGCUCAAGGUCGAGGGCUUGAGGGAAGGCAUCACCGUUUCCGAGGAGUAA